AUGGGUCCGGAGCGGGGAUGGGAGGAAGACGUGAUCUUUCCGAGAGAGGAGGUCCUGGCGGAUGAGGCAGGGGUCUGGAUAGAGGAAGGCGCUACAGAGUAUGAGUUCGCUUUCAUCCUGCCUGACGACUUCCUGGCUAUGGACUGGCACGCAAACGCCAAGAUCAAGCAUGAGCUCUACGCUAUCGUCGAAGGUCAGCCCCAGCAAUCACAGGGUAUCUGGACAUUCCAAUCCACUCGAUCCGUAUCGCCUAUUUCUGGUCCAAGCAGACGGUCCUCCAACCCCCGCGGAGGCAAAGGAGGCUCGCCAGAUUCCACUCCUAGCCGCUCGCCCUCACCGGACGUCCAAGGCAUGUCUCGUCUCGCUCUCGAUACCCCAUCAAUCUCUUUGGUUCGGCGUCAAGAGCUACCUCAAGCACCUUCAUACGAAGCCGCCGUUGGCGCACAGGACGGAGCAUCAUGGCUCGAGGGGACAUUCAGCGUCAAUCGCAGUAUCCGUGUCUUUUGGAACCCCAAUACCAGUGGCGGGGUCGACUCGCUCGACGAUGGGCUCCAGGGACGUACGGAUCCUCCUGGGAACUACACUAUCCAGCUCAAUGCCCCUCUAUGGACUGUAUGUUGCAUCCUCCACGCUCGCGUCCGCUUUCCCUCUCUCCCGCCCACAGCGACCAUCUUUUCCGUCCGACUGGACCUGCUCCAAACAGUCACUCUUCGCUCGCCAAGAGACGAAGGCUCGAGCUCCCAGGACAAGCAGGUUCGGACGACCAAGCGGAUCCUCAUACACUGGGAAGGCAAGCAGUCUUCCAGAUCCCGAGAUAUCAAAAGCUCGGGCCCGGCAUUAUGGAGAGGGGCCGAAGCGGAUGGCGAGGACUCGGGGGAGUUUGUGUCCAUCCUCAAAGGCCGCCUGCCCCACGAUGUUGAUACGCGCCCAUCGACAAUGGAGGUCGAAACGCCCGUACAUGUCAGCCACCAACUGGUGUUCGAGAUUGUCUACUCGAUGUGGGGCCGGGAUCACCUCGACCAGCCGCUCAGCAAGACUGGUCCGGGCGAGCUGCGGAUCAUGACUAUCAGUCGACCAUUUAUAAUCCCCUCGUGCGUCCUUAUUCCCGAUAUCGUUGGUCUGCCAAAAUACGCCGCCACACCCGACAGUCGUCUCGCUUUGCAAAGCGAACAGUGCCCCUUGUGCAAGAUACCGCCCGAGGACCGGCUUUGUUUGACAUGUCCGUACGACCGACCCUCUCAUGCCAGGCAUGACCACCCACCGAAACUCGUAGGGAAUCCCGAAGGCAGUUGUCCCGUCUGUUCGGUCUUGCUUCCCUAUCAAGGUGACUCGCAUUGGCGGAACUGCGCCUGUGCGAUGGGACUGGAGGAGCUGGAGAGGUUGGGAAAGAAGCUGCAAGCAUUUGGAGGAGCAACGGCCGUUGGGAUGUGGGGAGACUUGCGAGAGGGGCGAGAGGGUUUCAAGGACGAGUACGAGAGGGGCACUGGGACAUGA